CUCUGAUAACUACGAUAAUUAAAAUUAACUGCAAUCUGAGUUUCAUACUGAAAAAAUGACUAGCAAGCCAAUUUCUUCUCAAAACUCUCAAACACCAGAAGAUUCAACAGAGCAGUUUGAUCCGCAAUCAAUAAGUUUGCGGGCCCAAAAAAAGUUGAUUGGGAGCUUGCCAAAAGGAAUUAUUAAAUUGUUUCUUGAUGAUUCCUCAGCUCGUUUGUUUGAAAAUAUAUUCAGUUUAAUAAAACAUUAUACAGGCAAUAAUAAACUAGCUGCUUAUCUAACAAAGCAGGCAAUUAAAUUGAAUGUCAAAGCAUUGAUCUUGAUUUCAAAUGACAUAUUAUCAGACGAACAGUUGAAUCACGCCUAUGAAUUUCAUGAGAAAUGUCACCAAAUAGCCGAAAUUGCUUUGCGCUUAGGUCGGCCAAAACGUCGUUUAAUGCCUGGUGUUGAACCGUCAAUUGAUAAACUGAUUCAAUCAAUGAAAGAAGCUAAUCAAACAUUAAUAGAAGCUGUCAAACAUCACAUUAGCCAACAAUCACAAGAUAAGUUUAAAGAAUUUUCAGAUUUUUUCUGUCAUCGUGAAUUUGUUGUUGAAGUUUUUACUAAUAAAGUAAAAUAUUCGACGCAUAUGGAGAAGAUUUAUGAUGACCUCGAAGAUAUGAUGGACCGUGGUUUAUUUUAACUAUCGGAAUAUUCGCAACGGAAGGAAUGGAAUAUCACAAUUUGCAUGUAAACAAAAUCUAAUUGACUCUGUUUAGAAUGCUGCUUUGAAAAUAAAAGUGUGGACUUGCUGGAAAUGAGAGAACUGAC